CUAAGUUUUUUCUGGUGAUCUGGUGUGCGUCGGCUUCGUUUCUGAAAAAUCUCCGAUUUCGAUGGCGACUCGGCUCAAGGAGUUUGUGAAGAAGUACGGAAAAGUGGCGCUAGGAGUCCAUUUCUCGGUCUCCGGCGUAUCGAUUAGUGGAUUUUACAUCGCGAUCAAGAACAACGUCGAUGUGGAAUCGCUCUUGGACAAGUACCAAAUCCCUUGGUUCUCCAACAAGGAAAACCCUAACCAUAGCCUCGAUUUGAAGCUGGAAGAGGAUGGUUCGGGCACGACUGACAACAAGACGAAACAGCUUGCCAAAUCUGCCGGCGGAGCCCUAGCGCUGGCCGUUUUGUGCAAUAAGGCGCUGUUUCCGAUCAGAGUUCCGAUCACGAUGGCGUUGACUCCGCCGAUCGCUAGAUUCUUCAGGCAGAGGAAGAUCCUCAAGACCGGCCAAUGACUCUCUCCCUCCCUCUCUGGAUUUUCACAUUUGGGGAUCUGUCUAUGUUUUUCUCACCAUCUGUAUCGGUUCCAUGCGUUUUGUUUGUUUGUUUGAAAAAAAUUGGAAUCUAAUGAUAUGAUCCUUCUAAUAGGAAGAGAAUGAGAAAUUUGUUGGUAGAGAUAUUUUUAGUGUUGAUCAUCUCUUGAUAUAAAGGUUUGAAUCCAUGAUUGCCAAUAUUAAAAUGGGCUAUUCACAUUA